UAUGGCUUCGUAAGGUGGAUUGGGAUGAACCCGUUCCCCUUGACUUAAAGCGUACUUGGGAUGAAUUGAAAAUUGAUUUGGUGGUAUUGGAAUCAGUCAAAAUUUCUAGAUUUGUUUUAUGCAAUUCACCCGAUACCGUUGAAAUGCAUUCGUUCAGCGACGCAUCUAUAUCGGCCUACGGAGCAUGCGUAUAUCUUAGAUCUAUUGACUCAAAUGGCAACGUAGUGGUCAGAUUGCUUUGCUCUAAGUCGAAGGUAAAUCCAAGCAAACCCAUCACCAUUCCUCGUUUGGAAUUGCUAGGAGCUUUACUCGCUGCUCGGCUUUGCAAAUCAGUGCUAGAAUCUUUACGAUGCAACAUAACUCGAAUUGUACACUGGUGUGAUUCUAGUGUAGUGCUAGGGUGGUUGAAUACAAGUCCAAAUAAAUUAAAGACAUUCGUGGCUAAUAGAGUCGUUGAAAUUUGUGAAACCACGACUCCCGCGAAUUGGCGUCACGUACCAACAAAUGAUAACCCGGCUGACCUUAUUUCUAGAGGCGCUAAAACAAAUUUUUUAGUAGAAUCCAAAUUAUGGUGGUCAGGUCCAAGUUUUUUAGCUAAUUCUGAAUCGGAGUGGCCAUCACUAAACAAACGAACUAAUUACGAAUUGCCGGAAUUAAAGGUUAGUGUAGCUCUAGUGGUUGAUCCAAUAAUUCAAUUUGAAAGAUUUUCUAAUUUUAUUCGAUUAAAACGAUCAUUUGCUUAUGCUUUACGAUUCAUUCAUAAUAUUAAAUCGCUUAAAACUAAAAAAAGAGGGAUUCUCACGACAGAUGAAUUACAAAUUUCAUUUAAUUAUCUUUGCAAAUUUGCUCAAAUACAGUCAUUUCCUGAUGAAUAUAAUGCACUAAGACAAACUCAAUUUAUUUCAAGUAAAAGUAUUCUUCAGUCACUUAACGUAUUUUUAGAUAAUUCAGGCAUUAUUCGAGUAGGCGGAAGAUUAGAACACUCAAAUUACGACUACGAAAAGAAACAUCCAAUAGUUUUACAGUCUAAACAUUAUUUAACGAUUUUAAUUUUUCGAUACGAACACAUAAAACAAAUGCACGCUGGACCACAGCUUUUAUUAUAUACGGUGCGUAACUACAUAUGGCCAUUAGCUGGCAGAAAUCUCGCACGUCGCACUGUACGCAACUGUGUUCGAUGUAGGCGCUUACAGGGUCGUACGUUAACACCUAUAAUGGGCCAUCUCCCGUCACAACGAACUAUACCAGCAUUUCCAUUUCUUACGACAGGGGUAGACUUCGCAGGUCCAUUUAUGAUUUUAAAUAAGAAAGGCCGCGGCGCAAAACUUUCAAAGUGUUACUUAUGUCUUUUUAUAUGUUUCCGAUACAAAUGCGUGCAUUUAGAAGCCGUAACAGAGCUGUCAAAGGAUGCCUUUGUUAUGACAUUACGGAGAUUUGUUGCCCGACGCGGCAAACCGCUUGAAAUCUAUUCCGAUAACGGUAGGAAUUUCGUUGCCGUUGCAAAGGAAAUCGGUAGUUUCUUAAAAGAAAAUCAAAACUCUCUAUCGGAGUACGCAGCUACCGAAAAUAUAAAAUUUCAUUUUAUACCAACUUACGCUUCUCAUUUUGGGGGAUAUUGGGAAGGCGGCAUCAAGUCAGCUAAGCACCACAUUAAAAGAGUAAUGGGCAAUUUAAAUCUCACGUACGAAGAACUUUCUACUUUGUUUGCACAGGUGGAAGCUAUUCUAAAUAGCCGACCCUUAUAUCCUGUUUCUUCUUCCCCUCACGACCUUCUUUCUCUCACUCCAGGGCACUUCCUGAUUGGCCGACCACUGUCUUCCCUGCCAGCUCCAGUCUUGGAGGAAGAAAAGGCUACUCGCCUGCAGCGCUAUAACCGCAUAGAGCAAGCUCGCCAGCAUUUCUGGAGACGCUGGCAAAAUGAAUAUGUCAGCGAGUUGCAGCAGCGAUCCAAGUGGCGUACACAGAAGUGCAACCCUCUUCGUGUCGGGGAUUUAGUUCUUCUCCAAGAGGACAACAAUCCACCCCUUCAUUGGCGUUUGGGACGUGUCAUCCACUUACAUCCCGGCAUCGAUGGUGUGAGCAGAGUUGCUGAUAUCAUGACUGAGAGAGGCAGCGUACGGAGGCCAUUUACAAGACUAUGCCCUCUACCAAAUCAAGAUGAUAACUAGAAUACCGAAGGUAUUCCAGGGGGGGUGCUUAUGUACGCGCCUUCAUUAAUUUGUGGAGCAAAUAUUGCCUGCGACGCAUUACCGAUAAUGUAGAUAAGGCUGUUCGCAAUGCUACAUACGAAGACUACAUACGAAGCCCUGUCGACCAAUCGUUGCAGCCCGACGUCAUCAAAGGUCCGACGUCAUCGACCGAGGAGAAGGGACCCUGCAACGACGACACUUUUUUCCGAGACCUCUGGGCGUUCGGCGAUAAUCAUCUUCGUUCUUGUAUUUUAUAUUUUGAGACCAUAAGUUCCUGUAAUCUUCUUUUGAGCAUUAAAUUGAUUUGUACAGUG